AAAAUACCGGACCACAAGCAGUAACUGGAAGUGGAUCAACAUCAUCCGUCUGCUAUAGUCUACUAGUACUUGCAUUGCGGGGAGGGAGACACCUAUUCUGCUAAGCUGCCCACGGCCAUGGAGUCGCCGCUGAGCCAUCCGGCGAUGGUCGCCUUGUCGCUGCUGCUACUCGUGGCGCUCUACCUCGCGCGCCGCGCCGUGCUGGGGAAGAAACGCAGGUAUCCGCCCGUGGCCGGCACCAUGUUCCACCAGCUGCUCAACUUCGGCCGCUUGCUGGAGUACCACACGGAGCUCUCCCGCAAGUACCGCACCUUCCGCAUGCUCACCCCGACCUGCAACUACGUCUACACCGUCGAGCCGGCCAACGUCGAGCACAUCCUCAAGACCAACUUCGCCAACUACGGCAAGGGCCCGAUGACCCACGACGUGCUGGAGGACCUCCUCGGCGACGGGAUCUUCAACGUGGACGGCGGCAUGUGGCGGCAGCAGCGCAAGGUCGCCAGCCUCGAGUUCUCCACCCGUGUGCUGCGGGACUACAGCAGCGCCGUGUUCCGCGACACCGCCGCGGAGCUCGCCGGCAUCCUGGAGCGUGGUCCGGCGGCGAAGGGGCGGGAGAGGGUGGACAUGCAGGAUCUGCUGAUGCGGGCGACGCUGGACUCUUUCUUCAGGGUUGGUUUCGGGGUCAACCUUGGCGUGCUCUCCGGAUCCAGCAAGGAGGGCUUGGUGUUUGCCAGGGCGUUCGACGACGCGAGCGAGCAGGUGCUGUUCCGAUUCUUCGACCUGCUCUGGAAGGUCAAGAGGUUUCUCAACAUCUCGUCGGAGGCAACCAUGAAGCAGUCGAUCCGCACCAUCAACGACUUCGUGUACUCCAUCAUCGACAGGAAGAUCGAACAGAUGAGCAGAGAGCAACACGAAUUCGCCAAGAAAGAGGACAUACUGUCGAGGUUUCUGCUCGAGAGGGAGAAGGAUCCCGGCUGCUUCGACAACAAGUACAUCAGGGACAUCAUACUCAACUUCGUCAUCGCCGGCCGCGACACGACGGCGGGGACGCUGUCGUGGUUCCUCUACGCCGUCUGCAAGAACCAGCGCGUACAGGACAAGAUCGCGAGGGAAGUGCGCGACGCCACCACCGGCGACCGCGACGUCGGCGUCCAGGAUUUCUCUUCAUUUCUGACAGAAGACGCCAUCAACAAGAUGCAGUACCUACACGCAGCGUUGACGGAGACGCUCCGGUUGUACCCUGGCGUUCCCCUCGAUGUCAAAUACUGCUUCUCGGAUGACACGUUGCCGGACGGGCACGCGGUGAAGAAAGGAGACAUGGUGAACUACCAACCGUACCCCAUGGGCAGGAUGAAGUUCCUGUGGGGCGACGACGCCGAGGAGUUCAAGCCGGAGCGGUGGCUCGAUGACAGUGGUAUGUUCGUCGCCGAGAGCCCCUUCAAGUUCACGGCGUUCCAGGCGGGGCCACGAAUCUGCUUGGGGAAGGAGUUCGCGUACAGGCAGAUGAAGAUCGUUUCGGCUGUCCUUCUCUACUUCUUCAGAUUCGAGAUGUGGGAUGACGACGCCACCGUGGGUUAUAGGCCGAUGCUGACUCUGAAAAUGGAUGGCCCGUUCUAUCUCCGCGCAUUGGCCCGGUGAAGCUUCACACCAUAUCAAAAGUUCAAAACUCAAGGGCGGCGCUGGUCUAUUUCAUCCAUUUUGGCGGGGAUAAUGACGGUUAGAUAUGGUUGUCGAAGACAACAGUGCUCCUAAGGUGUAGGUAUGUAAGAAAAAUAACGUGUGUAUUAUACUCUUAAAAACUUUUUACUAGAGGGCUAUGUGUACUCCCUCCGUUCCACGUAAUAAGACACGAUCAAACAUGACACCAUCAUCAAAAUUAAUCUGACUUUAAAUUUAUCA